AUGUGGACCUCGAGAGGUGUUUGGUUUCAGGAAAUGCGGAUUUUCACACUCUGUUUGUGCUUGUUAGGUUCAAUAUUUGCCGCAGAAGUUAGUGAUUGGAAGACGGGUGAAGUCACCGGUGAAGUUGUCGAAGGACGGAAAGAUUUUCCUUGUUAUUCGUUAUCUCGCGACAAUUACACCUGUAGCGCUUGUAUCCAGUUGCAUGAUUCUUGUGCUUGGUGUGGAGCGCCGCUAUUUGAUGCUAAAAAGCAGUAUGCAAGAUGCGACAAUCGUGGAAGGCUUCUUGAACAUGGAUGUCCUGAAUCGUACAUCGAAGACCCACAAACAGUUCUUGAAGAUGAACCGCUUUCUGAUAAAGGGAAAGUUGAGAACGAAAAUGAUGCUGUUCAGCUGAAACCACAGGAGAUGUUCGUUGAAAUAAGGCCAAAGUCACGUGUUCGUUUCAACGUCACUUAUCGCCAAGCUGUUGAUUAUCCUGUUGAUCUGUACUAUUUGAUGGACCUCUCAUAUUCAAUGAAGGACGAUAAGCAGAAGCUUUCUGAACUUGGUGACUUGUUGGCUGUACGUAUGCGUAAUAUCACGAAGAAUUUUCGACUUGGAUUUGGUUCUUUCAUAGACAAGAAACUUAUGCCGUUUAUUGAUCCAAGAAUUGAAAAACAGAAAUCACCUUGUGCGGAACCAUGUGCUGAGCCGUACGGUUUCAAACAUCAGAUGACUCUAACAACUAAUACAGAAAAGUUUAAGGCUGAAGUGGAUAAGGCUGAGAUUUCCGGCAAUCUUGACGCUCCCGAAGGAGGAUUCGAUGCUGUUGUUCAGGCCUUAGUUUGUGACACGAAAAUUGGUUGGCGAGAGCGUGCACGUAAGAUGGUUGUCUUCUCGACAGAUGCUGGUUUUCAUUUUGCCGGUGACGGAAGGUUAGCUGGCGUGAUCGAACCCAAUGAUGGAGAAUGUCAUCUUGAUCGAGAGGGAUAUUAUACUGAAACCCUUAAUCAGGACUAUCCCUCGAUUGCUCUGCUUCAUCAGUUGAUUAAGGAGAGAAAGGCAAACAUUAUUUUCGCCGUCACUAAAGGCAACCAUGAGCUUUAUUCACAGUUGUCCGAGUCACUUCCUGACGUUUCGUCGUCCGUCGGGAUUCUGGAGACCGAUUCGCGCAACAUUGUCGAUCUUAUUGAGAAGGAGUACCUUAAAAUCAGUGAGAAGAUAAUUAUGGUGGACAAUGCUAAUGCUAGCGAUGGUCUGAAAAUCACGUAUCGCAGCAUGUGUCUCGACGGUACUACUUUAAAAGACACGAACGUAUGCGAAGGAAUUCGUGUCGGGGACGAGGUUCAGUUCGAAGUAACAUUAGAAGCCACGCACUGUGUUGAGAAAAGGGAUUUCGUGAUUCGAAUAGGUCCGUCUGGUUUGGAUGAGACCUUAGUCGUCAACGUGAAGGUGCUUUGCGAUUGUGAAUGUGAACAGGAAGAUCGCAUUGUUGAAAACUCGGAAGACUGUCAUGGUGGUGACAUGGUAUGCGGUGUUUGCCGUUGUAAAGGUGGAAAUGUUGGUCGUUAUUGUGAAUGUAAUCGACCGGGUAUGAGCACUGCAGCUUUGAACGAAAAAUGCAAACGGACAAAUGAGUCAGCGAUCUGUGAAGGCAGAGGAGUUUGCAAUUGUGGUCGCUGUGAGUGUAAUCCACGUCAGAAUCCCGAGGAACAGAUUUCUGGGGAGUUCUGUGAGUGUGACAAUUUCAACUGUCCACGUCAUGAUCGCAAGAUUUGUGCUGAGCAUGGUGAAUGCAACUGUGGACAGUGCAUUUGUGCUCCUGGUUGGACUGGUCGAGCAUGCGAGUGUCCAAUCAGUCAAGACUCUUGCAUGUCCGCUAAUGGGAAAAUCUGCAACGGAAAGGGCGAAUGCAUUUGUGGGCGAUGUCGCUGCUUCGAUGGUCCUGACGGCAAUCGUUAUUCGGGUGCGAAAUGCGAAAUCUGCCCUACGUGUCCGACGAAGUGCAUUGAAUACAAACCGUGCGUUAUGUGCCAGCAAUGGGGAACUGGUCCAUACGACGAAGAGCGGUGUGAAGAGUGUCCAUUUAAAGUUAUUCCUGUUGAGGAGCUCCCAGAAUUAAACGAGACCACUGCAUGCCAAUUCGUCGAUCCAGCAGACGACUGUACUUUUUACUAUCUUUACUACUAUGAUGAAGCAACUGACAAUGCAACUGUUUGGGUCCGCGAGCACAAAGAUUGUCCACCGCCAGUUCCAGUGUUAGCGAUUGUAUUAGGUGUGAUUGCUGGAAUCGUAAUUCUUGGGAUCAUCCUUCUCCUUGUCUGGAAACUGCUCACAGUUCUUCACGAUCGUGCUGAGUAUGCUAAAUUUAACAACGAGCGGCUAAUGGCUAAGUGGGAUACGAAUGAGAAUCCUAUCUACAAGCAAGCAACUACGACGUUCAGAAACCCUGUCUACGCUGGGAAUAAAAACAAAGGGCUAUAG